AUGGCGGAAACAAAAGAUGCCCAUGUCAUCGUUGAGAUCCCGGUGGACGAGGAGCAUCAGCUGAAGCUAAUCUCCGCCAUGAACACCAUCUCUUCCGCCAUACAACACCACCCAUUAAUGGAAAUCUCCCAAAGCCCCGGUCACCUCUUGCUUCUCAAGCUCUGGCAGAGAGAAGAAGACCUUUUCUGCCGCCGAAUCGGCAUCAAAGAAACCCGAAUCGAUGCCUUGAAAAGAGAAAUCUUCCAACUCUGUUGUUUUUUCCUCGUCUUUCACGCCUUAUUCUUCACAAUUUUAUUCACGUCUUACCAGAAUUACAACAACCAUAACCAUCACAGUGUGUGUCAGAGGUGGUGGGUUCCAUCCGCACUGAGUGUGUGCCCAUCACUUGUGAUUGUGUUUUUAGUUCAUGUGAAGCUUUUCAGGUACUGGAAAGUUUCUAAUCAGGUGCAGAGGGAGAAGAGCGAUAAUCGGGCACUCACCAGAUGUAUUCAGGAGCUGAGGAUGAAAGGGGCUAGUUUCGAUUUGUCGAAAGAGCCUCAGAUUGGGAAAAGGAUGAAGAGUUCUAGUGUGGAGAUCAAAUGGAAGCUUGUUUCUUGGUUUUCUCAGUAUCUAAUCACCACUUGCCUUGUAUGUUUUACAGGGGUGAAUGAAGCUUUUUGUGGUCCGACUGCUGCUGCAGAAGUGGCACCGAGGAGACAUUUAGGUCGAGCUUCUUCUUCUUCUUCUUCUUGCCAAGCUGACUGCAAUUUUGAGGAUGUCUGCAAUUUUGAGGAUGUCAAUUUGAUGCUGGUUAUGGCCGCUCUUUUAUUUGAGUUAUUAUGA